AUAUUGGGGGGGGGCUGGGGUCUGUAAACAAUGUCAGAAUGUUUAAUUUUACAUAAUUCAUGUUAUGCAUGUAUACUAAAAGUAUUUAAACAUGGUGAUAAGCAUAAACUAGUAAUUUUACUAAACAUCCGAUUCAAUCACAUGACUAUAUGACUAGAGAUUGGUGAGCAUAAACUUUAAUUAUCCCCGUUGUUGGGCGCGGAUUUUAGAAAUAAGUGCCAACAUUGGUGCCAACCAUAGGGCUCGUGGCUACUCUCGCUGGUAUAUACUCUCUGGGGCUCGUGGUCACAACAUUGCUUUUGAACAAAUGAAUUACGCUUUCCGUGAAACGAUUGAACAUGAGCGGAUAUGGGAGAUUAAAUAGGUUAUGUCUGAAGUAAUUACCAAUUAUUGUUCACAUAAUGCCAGAAUUGUUUAAAGAAAGUUUUAAAAAAUACAAAAGCAAAUGUCCCCCUCCAGAUUUCUCAGAAGUUAUUAAUUUUGGUUCUAAGUCGUCAAGCCAGAUAGAAGGCGUCAAGAAUGGGAAAAUAGUGAACCCAGUUCAUUUGUGUGGCCUUCAGCCUGUGUCACAAUGGAAAAUAAGUGAAAUUGAAAACAAUCCUGGCAUGAUACAUGUUGUCAACCCGUUUACUGACGUAGGGCAUCGUUAUUGGGUUUGUAGAGCUCUAAGUUCAUACACUCAACGCCCUGAGAGCAAACUUAGUUUGGAUGGAAUUGGAGAUCUUCAAGAAGACGAAGACUGGUGGGAGCUAUGCACUCGAGAUGCAUUCAGAGCUAAACAUCUUCAGCCAGGAUUGAGAUGGGCAACAAUGGGUUACCACCACAAUUGGAAUACAAAGAUAUAUUCUGAAGAAGAGAGGGAUGCAUUUCCUGGAGACUUGGCCGCUUUGAGCCAGUGCAUAGCUAAUGCAGUGGGCUACUCUGAUUUCUGUGCUGAGGCUGCAAUUGUUAAUUUCUAUCACAAAAAUUCUGCUCUUGCGGGGCACACAGAUCAUUCAGAAAGAAAUUUAGAAGCUCCCCUUCUUUCUUUCAGUUUUGGUUGCAGUGCAGUGUUUUUAAUUGGAGGUAAAACAUUGGAAACAAAACCUACAGCAAUGUUUCUCCACUCAGGGGACCUCGUCAUAAUGGCUGGGGAAAGUCGACUAUGCUACCACAGUGUGCCUAAAAUACUGCCUACAUCUGAGAACUUGAGUGAAGAAGUGCCAUGUUGUUCACCAUGUAAAGAUUGCUGUUGCAUUUUAGAUGCUGAUUUAUUUACAAAAUGUUCAGAUAAUGAGUUCUGGGAACCAUUCAAAAAGUAUAUUGAAAAAUCAAGAAUAAAUCUAAAUGUAAGACAAGUCUUGUAUCCUGGUGAAACUAAGUUGAUUAGUGAAACCUAGCUUUAAAGACAGUUUUAAUUCAAAUUUCAGCCCUUGAAAUAGGUUAUCAUUUUCAGUCCAUAGAUUAUAUAUUUGAAGCAAUAUCUAUAUUUUAUAAAAAAAACAAACUUUGUUUGAAAGCGAGACUAUUGAAAAACGCUUGAUUCACUUAUUAAUAAUUUCUUUCCUCAAUGGAUUUGUAAAUAAAAGCUGAAAUUUUCAGGUGUUGAUGUAUUAUUAACUUAUAUUGUAAAAGAGCCAAUGAUUUUUAAUUAUGUGACUCAAGCAUUUCCUUUUUUUAAUUCGGUUUUUUGCUUUCUUGAGAAAUGCAAGAAAAUAUUGUUUUUAUGAACCUGCUUUAUACAUUAUGUGAAUAAAAUUGUAAUAUCAUUUUGGUUUUAUUGAUUGUUUGUUAUAUUUUUACAUAUUAUUUACUACAUUUUCUAUUCUAUAGAGUUUACAGCCUAUUGGGGGAUCUAACUGAUCUCAAUAUAUCUGGAACCAUUGAUAACGAGAAUGUAGUUUCAAAUAUUAUUUUGAACAAUAACUAACAGACCAUAAGAAUAAUUGGUCCUUUCUACAAUGAAUUCUUCAGAAAAAAAAAUUCAUGAGAUUUCAAUCGCUUCUCUUAUAAAGCUAACGAAUGCUACGGAAAAAACCUUUAAAAUAAUGGCUCCUUUCAUUUUACUAAAUAUUUGAAGAUAAUCUGAAUGAAAGUGUAUUAACAUGUAAAAAUUGUAUGAAACUGAAAUGAGUACGAACUUCAAACUGAACUUUUUUAUAAAUUUUAGGAUUGUUUCCUAGACUGUCUUUAUAACUUGUAAUAUGAGAUGGUUUAGGAUUUAUGUAUAGUCUGUUUGAUUGUAUUUUAACAUUUAUUGACCUAAACGUCAAUAGGUCAAUAAGUGUUAAAAUUCAAACGAACUGACUGUCUAUAAAUAAAUCCUGGAGCAUUUCAUAUUUGUAAAUUUCCUAACUAAAAUGUUAGUAUUUGUUAUAAUCCUUUUUUAGUAUUAUAAAACACAAAAAUGUAUAUUUAGUUUUACUGUACAUAUUCUGAACUGUGAUACAUAUGUACAAUUUUUUACAGUGAACAUUAUGUAAAAGGAUAACCCCCUUUUAUUAUAAAAUAAAAUUCUAAUUAUUCAUGUAC